ACUCAGCAGAACACACAGCAGCAGGCAACGUCUCAUCCUUUUGCUGAAACUGAUCGUUCAGAGCAAAGCCCUGAGUCUGAACAAAUAAUUAGAGUCCAGCUGGAACAAAAUGACAUUUCCUUCUCUGAAUUUAUGCAGAGUACAAUGCCAGCAGUAAGAUCUCUCUUUAUAUAUGUAAAAGAUGACGCUCUCUAAAAAAGUGUUGACUUAACGAAGGAUGACCUAAUGCUCAUUAUAAUCAUCAUGUAAAACUAUAUUUCCCAGAGUUCUUCAUUUAACAAAGCUGAUCUUACUAUGCAUAAGCUCAUUAAAGCUGGAAAAGAAGGAAAGUUGUAUAAAGCAAAAAUGAUGCGUGGCACGAUUAAAGGUCACACCAUGUUUACCUGCAAGAUCUACAAUGAAGCUGCUGAACACAAGCAUGUCCAAACAGAGGUUAUGAUCAUGCGGAAUUUAAACACACACAUGAAUCUACUACAACUUGUAGACUGGGACAUCACAGGCGUGCCCUACAUGUUAAUUAUGGAAGAUGUAGAACAUGGCAGCCUACGCACCUUCCUUAAGGCAAAUAAAGAAAGGUUGUGCAAAGAUACAGAGCUACAGCAUCGCUUCACCAUUGCACUUUACCACAUAGCACAGGCCUUGAAUCAUCUGCACUCCAAAAUGAUACUGCACUGCAAUCUGGCACUAAGGAAUAUCAUGGUGCACAGAUUUCCUCAUGAAGUAAAAGUGGCUGAGUUUGGACUGGCCAGAGACGUAACAAGAGGACGGAGCCUUUCAGGAAGCUGUAAGAAGAACUCCAAGGUGCUCAUCCUCAAGUAG